CUUCUCCUAUCUUGACAACAACAUAAUAAAUGGCAAAAGACGAACUAGAGAAAUACUUGGCAUACUUACCAACGCGUAACCCACGACCUCAUUCCUCACCAUCACCUCCUACUACUGCAAACAAGCCAAGAAUUCGAAUUCAACAAAGAAAUCAACAACAACAACAACAACAGUUUUCUCGAAUAUCAUCAGGUCUCAAAGGUCCUCGUGAUCUCUCUACAAAGUCGACAACAAUUGAUUCACCUCGGCGGACAGGCACUCCCGAUAGUUUUGGAAUUAGCAGUAGCAGCAGCAGUAGCAUUAGAAGCAGGAAGAAUGACUUUUUGGACAAUGUUGACAAUGAUAUCAUUCAAGGAGAAGGUCUUUUGCAAAUGGUGAAUGGGCUUGAUCUUAAAGAACCUAUCGAAGAUCUUAGUUACUCAGUAGCGUCUUCGGAAUUUCCUAUACAACAAGACGACAAUGAUGACAACAAAAGUAAUAUUUCAACAACUGAACAUUCACUUUAUUCAGCCACUGGGAAACAUCAACUAGAACACACCAGCGACAAACAUGAAAUUGAAACCAUUAUUGACAGAUCAACAACUGAAAACACAGUAGAACAGGAUAAACAAAAUCUGGAAAAUGAUUCGAUUGGCCCAUCAUCAUCCGUACAUACCGUGGGUGGCAGCAAGACUCAUUCAUCAUCAGCACAGUCAAAUACAUACCAUCAAUACCAGCAAAUUGAGGAUAAGCCUCCUAUACCAACAUUCUCUUUUGGCAAUAUCAGCAAUGACAAUGACGGGAUGCCACCUAUACCAACAUUCUCCUUUGGGAACACUGACGAUGAUGUCAAUAGUGACAUGAACAACAACGACAAGCAGGAUGAUGUACUCAAUUUGGCCCUUGGAUUACGAUGUGGUGGAUGCGACAAUCUUAUCAGUGGUAUGGCUAUUACUGCAGCAGGACAUCGUUGGCACGCUGAUUGCUUCAAAUGUCAACAUUGUCAUCAAGACUUGGAACAUGUGGCGUUUUAUGAAAAGGAUGGAUUACCUUACUGUGCAUUGGAUUAUCAUGAACUAUUUACUACGCGAUGUGAUUAUUGUCAUACACCUAUUGAAGAGAAAUCCAUUACUGCCCUUGGAAAACACUAUCAUGUUGGACACUUCUUUUGUAGGGAAUGUGGCAAACCUUUUGAUGAAGAUGGCAUCUUUAUGGAACAUGAUGGUCACCCAUACUGUGAAAAGGAUUAUUUAGCCAAAUUCUCACACAAAUGCAAAGGAUGUAAAGAAGAAAUCACUGGUGAUUUUUUGGAAGCCCUAGAUGGAAAAUGGCAUUUAACUUGCUUUGUUUGUGUAGAUUGUGGAAGAGCAUUUGAAUCCAAUACAUUUUAUGUUAGAAAUGACUUGCCUUAUUGUGAAAUACAUUCGCGACGGAUUAAGAAAUCACCAUAGUUUAGAAGAUAAGUUUAGUACACUCUUAAUAAACUCUCUUGUU